AUGGUUAACGCAGUUAUUCCCAAACCUGGCCAUGACCGGCAAUUCUAUGUCUUCUCUGGGCGCCGCUAUAUCAUUAUGGAGUUCGAGGCUACAGGUAGUCGUACCGACGAUAAGCUCAUCCAGCUUCCAAGAUGGAACCGCGAGUGGAACACCUUCAAGGAAGCAGACUGGGGUAUUAUCGAUGUUGUGAUACUAGUUCCAGGCUACACCGACCAAUUCUACGUCUUCAAUGGAGGUCACUAUUUUCGAGGCAAAAUCCUUAACGACGGCAUAUUUACGGACUCUAUGCUAUACGGUGGUGUUAAGACCCUCGCGUCACAAUGGACGGCUUUAGUUGAUGCCGGAUUCGACACCGUGGAUGCGGCAAUUGUUGACCCCAAUCACAAUGACUACAUAUUUUUCUUUCGAGGCACAAAGAGUCUGAAGUACAGCCUGUCAGAAAAUAAGGUCCUCGCAGGGCCCAAGCCAAUUAGCACCUAUUGGCGUGGCAUUGGUAAGGCAGACUUUGACUCUAUCGAUGCUAUCUUUAAAAGCCCCAACCCCGGCGACAGCUACUACGUUUUCAAAGGCGACAAGUAUGCGAGAAUUAAGUGGGAUGGAGGAUGGGACAGUCUGGAGUACGGCCCGAUCUCCAUCACCGCCUGGAAUUGUGCAGAAACUUGGCUCUAG